AUGGCCGCGCGCGUAGGGCAAGAAGCGGCUCAGAUGCCCUUUAUCAAGAACCUCGCCUCCAGCGACCGCAAGCUGCGCACAUCCUCCCUCGAGGCCCUCACCGCAUUCCUCUCCGCCCGCCGCUCGCUCCCCGAUGCCGACGCGCGCAAGCUCUGGACGGGCCUGUACUACGCGCUGUGGAUGACUGACCGUCCGAAGCCCCAGCAGGCGCUCGCCGCCGACCUCGCCUCUCUGCUCUUCUCGCUGCGCUCGCGCUGCGCCGGCCCCUGGCUGAGCGGCUUCUGGCACGUCCUCGCCGCGCAGUGGACGUCGAUCGAGGCGCUGCGCCUCGACAAGUUCCUGCUGCUCGUGCGCCGCGUCUUUGCCGCCAUGGUGCGGUACGCCGUCGACCAGGGCAGCGAGGGCGCGGCCGUGGUGCUGGAUGUCUGCAGGGAGCACGUGUUUGACGGCGAGGGCGGGAGCUCCGGGCUCGGCGUGCUGCCGCUGGGGCUGAGGCUGCAUGUGCUGGAUCUGUGGGUCGACGAGCUGGACAAGGCGGGCGCGCUGGCCGACGAGAAGCAGCAGGCGCUGGUCAAGGCCAUGGGGGACAUGGUGGAGGCGCUGACGAGGAACGGGACCCGGGUGGUUAGGGAGCGCGCCAAGGAGAGCUACGAGGACGAGAGGCUGCCGUGGGGGACAAAGCCGGAGAGCAUGGACGAGGACGAGGACGAGGACGAUGAGGAGGAUGGAUGGGGGGGAAUUGAUGAUUAG